AUGGCUUCGACACCCAUGGAUCUGGACUACCGGGACUCAACUCCUGCCAAUGGAACUUCGCUGAACAUUACGCGAUCGCUGAACGCAAACAACACUUCUCAAUUGAGCGAUGUUAUCUCGACGUUUCGUCCUACAAAGUUAUUCAAGAGGGAUGACAUCAAAGACGGCCGGCCGCAACCUCAUGUUCUCUCGCUUGACUUCGACGAUCCGGGUGAGCUUCUUAUGACAUCCGAAAGCGACGAGACCAUUCAGAUCUACAACGUUAAGGAGGGACGGCAUGAAAAGAGUCUCUUAAGCAAGAAAUAUGGCGUAAAGCUGGCAAAUUUCACCCAUACAAGUUCGAGCAUUCUCUAUGCGAGCACAAAACAGAAUGACCAGAUUCGCUACCUUGCCACCCACGACAACUCCUUCAUCAGAUACUUCGAGGGCCACGAGAAGAGUGUGACAGAUAUUGCAGUGCACCCAGGAGCUGAUAAUUUCAUCUCCUGCAGCCAGGAUAACACAGUGCGCCUGUGGGAUGUAUCCACAAAGCAGUGGUGCGGCCAGCUUUUCCUCAAUACGCCAUACCUUGCCGCAUACGAUCCCUCGGGACAGACUUUCGCAGUCGCUUCUCCAAGCAGCGGAAGUGUGUUGCUGUACGACUGUCGCAACUACGACAAGGCGCCCUUCGCGACUUUCGACCUGAUCGAUGUGGGCAGACACGUAGACCCCCAGUUUGUGAUCAGGGGCUGGACUAAACUGGAGUUUUCGAACGAUGGAAAGCACAUGCUUGUCGGCACGCGUGGGAGUGGCCAUUUUCUCAUCGAUGCUUUUGAUGGCAGCCUGAAGGCCUAUCUCCGCAAGCCUGAAGGCGGCACUCGACGAUUGGCUGCGGGUGAAGGCGUAAAUGCUACUUACAAUGGUGUUUCGAGAAUCGAUCCUGCCACGGUGGAGAGCAGCGGUGAAUGUUGCUUCUCGGUGGAUGGUAGAUUUGUGCUCAGUGGUACCAAAAAGGAUGUCUUGGUAUGGGAUACCUUGACGCCGCCGAACGAAACCAAGACUCUUAACCCCGCCUGGACUUUGGAGGACAAGCGAGAGGCGGCAGUGCUGGCAUUCAACCCUCGGUACAACUUCUUCGCGACGGCUGACCAGGAAGUUGUCUUCUGGCUGCCUGACCCGCCUCAAUAG